AUGUCCUCUUUUGGUUCUCUGCAGGCCAUUAAGCAGUACAAACCGACCGAUGCCACGACUAACCCAUCCUUGAUUCUACAGGCGUCUACACUUCCGCAGUACGCGAAGCUGUUGGACGAAGCGGUAUCGUAUGCAAAGAAGCACAGCAGAUGUGAUUCUGACCUUCUACCGCUUGCGCUCGAUAAAUUGUAUGUUUUGUUUGGUACGAGCAUCUUGAAAAUCAUUCCAGGUCGGGUAUCGACAGAGGUCGACGCAAGGCUGUCAUUCGACAGGGACGCACAGGUCGCAAAAGCUAUUCGACUGGUUAAGCUAUACGAAGAAGAAGGCGUGCCACGAGACCGCGUAUUAAUCAAACUUGCCUCCACCUGGGAAGGAGUAGAAGCUGCGAAGAAACUCGAAAGCACGUUCGAUAUCAGGUGUAACAUGACGUUAAUUUUCAAUUUCUACCAGGCGGUGGCAUGUGCGAAGGCUCAUGUUACGCUCAUUUCUCCCUUCGUCGGCCGCAUCUAUGACUGGUAUAUCAAAAACACCUCAACGAAAGAGUUCUCGAUGUCAAAUGACCCCGGUGUUCAAAGUGUGAUCAGAAUUUAUAACUAUUACAAACGUCACAAUUAUAACACUGCUAUUAUGGGUGCAUCAUUCCGAAACGUGAAUCAAAUCAAAGGAUUGUGCGGCUGCGACCUGCUUACGAUCAGGUAAAC